CUUAUUCACAGAUGAAGAAUUAGUCACUGAUGAAGACUUAGUCACUGAUGAAGGUCUAAUUGCCGAAGGAAGUUUGGUCACUAACAGAGGCUUAGUUACAGAUAAAGCAUUAGCUACUAAUGAAGGGUUAGUUACAGAUAGAGUAUUAGCUACUAAUAAAGG